GAACUUUCAAAAUGGCGGAGUAAGAAGAGUGCGUUUUGGACAAAGGUUUAUAGAACAACGAAAACAAUGAAUGCUCCAGCAACUUUUGAAACGUUUUUACUGCUUGAUGGAGAGAAAAAAAUUACGAUAACAAAGGACACUAAGGUUCCAAACGCUGCUCAUUUUACUGUAAAUAAAGAAGAUCACACACUUGGCAAUCUUCUUCGCGCCCAACUUUUGAAAGAUCCUCAAGUGCUAUUCGCUGGAUAUAAAUGCCCACAUCCCCUCGAAUCAAAGUUUGUCUUGCGUGUGCAGACAACUUCAGAUUCAAGCCCACAGGAAGCGUUCACAAAUGCCAUCACAGAUUUAAUCAGUGAAGUGUCAUUGUUGGAAGAAAGAUUCAAGGCUGCAAUUAAGGAAAAGAAGGAAGGCAUAGACUAAACAUUCAUAAACAGCUAAUUUUGUAUUCUCUUUAUAUCUGAAUAAUUGUUUCAUAUCUCUUCUAUCAAAUAAAAGCACACAAUGCUACAGAAAUGAAAAUAUAAAGUGAACAAGUCCCAAAACAAUCAUGUAUAAAAGUGAAAUUUUAAACCUUUGUAAAAAUCUUCAUUGAAGGUGUAAAAACA